CGACAACAUAUUUAUUAUUCUAAAGAUGACAUGGGAUUUGCGAUAAGAUUGCUGCAGGUCCGAGGUUUCUUCUGAAGCACGUCAGUGUCCUUUUGUAUGGAUAUUGUUGAGUAUUUGACAGAUUAAUAUUAUUCAAUUUCAUUCCUAUAGGAUUGAGGGGUCUUCACAUCUCAGCAGGGAAAUUUUAUAUUAGUACUGCUCCAUCAAUUAUUUUCUCUGCUAUGAUGGAGUCUGAGAAGGCGUUUCCUGGUCCUCAACGCCCUGGCGAGGAUGCGAUUGAAGAGCACAGCUUGUCGACAGACCCUAACGCCGAGCGAAAGCUUGUCAGAAAAUUGGAUUUCUACAUCAUUCCGGUAGUGAUGUUGUUGUACUUGCUAUCAUUUCUAGAUAGGGUAAAUAUUGGGAAUGCGAGGUUGUAUGGUCUUGAGGAGGAUCUAAACCUCACUGGAGACAGAUUCCAGAUUGUUACCUCAAUUCUCUUCGUUCCUUACUUGCUCUCUGAGGUUCCCAGCAAUCUUCUUCUCAAAAAGCUCAGGCCAUCAAGAUGGAUUUCUUUCAUCGCUACCAGCUGGGGGAUUAUUGCAACGCUUACUGGCGUGACUCAAAAUUAUGCUGGUAUGAUCGUAUGUAGACUGGCUCUCGGUCUGGUGGAGGGUGGCCUCUUUCCAGGAUUGACUGUUUAUUUGACAUUAUUCUACACCAAGCGCGAGCUGGCUCUUCGCAUUGGUUAUCUUUUCGUCAGCUCUGCACUUGCUGGCGCCUUUGGUGGCCUUCUCGCCUACGGCAUCGGCCACAUGGAUGGCGUUGCCGGACAACGUGCCUGGCGCUGGAUUUUUAUUCUGGAGGGCCUGCCCACCGUCGUUCUUGGUGUUGCGACUUGGUUUCUCCUCCCAGACGAGCCAGCCACUGCGUAUUUCCUUAAUGACAAGGAGAAGGAGAUGAUGGAGGUUCGUAGGAUGCGGCAGGGUCAGAGCAAGUCAGCGGAGCAAUUUCACUGGGCAGACUUUAGAGCCUGUAUAAAAGACUGGAAAGUUUGGACCUUUUGCAUCGGCCUUUUUGGCGUUGACACGAUGCUCUAUGGUUACAGCACUUUCUUACCAACGAUCAUCAAGGGCCUUGGUCGUUGGACCACGGCCGAAGUACAGGCCUUGACUAUACCGUGUUACGCUUUGGGUGCAAUUUCGUAUUUGGCUGUUGCUAGAUUGUCCGACCAUCAACAGAUGCGAGGGCUUUAUACGGUCAUCUUUGGUUGCAUUUCCGUCAUCGGCUACGGUAUUCUCAUCGCCGAUGCAAGCUCUGGCGUGCAUUAUUUUGGGUGCUUCAUGGUUGGUCUUGGGUUGUACGUGGUGGUAGGGCUGCCUCUGGCUUGGUUGCCGAGCAAUUGUCCUCGAUACGGCAAGCGGACAACUGCUACAGGAUUUCAACUUACUUUUGGAAAUUGUGCCGGCGUCAUGGCGCCAUUUCUUUACAAGACAAUAGAGGCACCGAGGUAUGUCAGAGGACAUGCCGUUACGCUGAGCAUGGUCGGUUUUGCCACUAUCGUUUACGCCUUCAUGUGGUUUUGGCUUGCUCGCGUGAACCGGCGAAGGAAGGCUGGUGCCGAAGAUUAUAAGAUAGAAAACUUGACUGAAGAAGAAGUCGACCGGCUUGGUGAUGAAUCCCCUCAUUUCACUUAUACCAUCUAGCUCAACGUCUCCUACGAUCUAUCUGUAAUUUCUGCGCAUUCAAAAGCAAAGGACUUGGUCAAUGCCCGGAUUCUACCCAAAUUAUUUGGAUU